UAAAAGUUAGGCAAAGGAUGAUGACAAUAUCUACAGUUGGUGUUCCAAAUACAAUAAAAAUGCUAGCAUCUCACAAGCUUCAGUCAACGUUGGCAGUCAGUCUGCAUGCCCCAAAUCAGAAGCUGCGGGAGACGAUUGUUCCUAGCACCAAGUCUUACCCCUUGGGAGCACUAAUGGAUGACUGCAAGAGUUACUUCCUUGAAACUGGGCGCAUGGUAUCCUUCGAGUACACUCUGCUAGCUGGGAUUAACGAUGAAAAGAAGCAUGCCGAAGAGCUAGCAGAACUACUUCGUAUGUGUGGAGGUGGUUACCAUGUGAACCUGAUUCCCUAUAACCCAAUUGAAGGCUCCGAGUACAAGAGACCUUACAGAAAAGUGGUCCAAACCUUUGUUGAUGCUUUAGAAGCACGCAAGAUAACCAUCAACGUUCGACGGACCCGUGGGCUUGACGCUAACGCAGCCUGUGGGCAGCUGAGGAAUGAGUUUCAGAAGAAUCCACUACUUGAGAUUGAACCGUCACCCUCCACAGAGCGGACCCUCGUAACUGCUUAA